CAAAGCCUGAUUGGCAGCGCUAGGCCCAGCCCGGCCCGACCCGCCAGCGCUCGGCCCAGCCAGGAAAGGCUCAGCCUGAACCCAAGCCCGGGAAGGAGUCGACACGCACCCCCGCUAUCGACCUCCGCCAGCCCGACGCAAUCACCAGGUGUCUCCAUCAUUUAGGUGCUUCCAACUGAUUGCAACCAAAGGGUGAUCGACGUCCAUACAUGCUGAAAAUAACUAUUUUAAAAGCUUAUUGAAAGUUUGAAGGAAGGUCGAGCUAAGAUUAAGCAGUGACCAAUGAAAUUUGCAGACCAUGGAUGAAGAUGUAGGAGGGCUCGACCUGCAGCAACAAGAGCCCAAGGUGAUUUUUGAUAACACAGUUCACGAAGUGACUUCUGAAGAUAUCGAUGGGCACCAUAUUUUUGUGGAAGUUCAAGAUACUAUCUUUGUAGAUUCCAAUAUUGCCUCUGGAUCCCACUUUGUCUCUGAUGACACAGACUCUGUCGUAAUACAGGAUGCCAUUGAAGAUGUUGUGACUGAAGAUGUCCACUGUCCUGAUAUUAUUGAGGAGCCAGAAACUAUAAUUAUUCCUGAGCAAGUACUGGACACAGAUGUUGCCACAGAGGAAAAUUUGACCACAAUUCCUGAAGACGUUUUGACGUCUGAUAUUACCUCGGAGGCGAUGUGUGUAGCUGAACAUGUAUUGACAAGUGAGUCGAUACAUGUGUCUGAUAUGGCGACUGAUGAACACGUUGCAGUCACAGAAGCUGAAAUGGUCGCAGACACCUUGUUACCAGAUGUAGAAGAGGUUCUGGUGGCGGACUCUGCUGUGGAGACUGUGAUCGAUACACGCAGUUUACAUGUUCAGAGGCAGGAGACGGUUCCUGUAACCAUCGAGGCACCUGUAGGAAAUAAAGGCACUAGAGAAGAUUAUUUAAUGAUUUCCUUGGAUGACGAUGGAGGAAAGGUUGGUCAUGGAGGAAAUGGUGAGCUGAAAAUUGAAAGUGGACUAUCAGCCCAGAGUGAACAUUUAAAAGAAGAUGACACCUGCAGUGAUGUUAUUAAAGUUUACAUUUUCAAGGCAGAUGAUGGCGAUGAUGAUUUGGGCGGAACCGUGGACAUCGGCGAAAGUGAAGCUGACAAUGAUCAUGGAGUCGGAAUACUGGAACAGGGCAACAUGGGCAGAAUAUCACGAGAGAAAAUGGUUUACAUGACUGUUAAUGAUCCUAAUCAGGAGGAUGAGGAUAUGAUGAACACAACACAACAUGAGGAGAACUGCUAUCUUCAAGCAAAUUGUGCUGACAUUGCAGAUGAAGUUUACAUGGAAGUCAUAGUUGGGGAAGAUGAAGCAACGGUGGGCCAUGAACAGCAAGUUGAAGAUACUGAUAUGAGCAAAACAUUUGUUCCUGUUGCUUGGGCUACUGCAUAUGGUAACAGUUCGGAUACUGUGGACAAGAAUGAAACUGUCAGCCACCUCCUACAGGCAGAUGGAACAACUGAGCUUUCUAGGCUGGUAAAACCAAAGUCAAGGAAAAGGAAGAGACUUGAAAGUAGACAGUAUCAGACAGUGAUGGACAGGAAUUUGCUGCGUGCUGACCACCAACUGAAGCUUCUGUCUCCAGCAAUCAUCAUAGGACCUGAUGGCCAUCCUAUAACUGUUUAUCCAUGCAUGAUCUGUGGGAAAAAGUUUAAGUCCAGGGGCUUUCUGAAAAGGCACAUGAAAAAUCAUCCAGAGCAGCUGACCAAGAAAAAAUACCAAUGUACAGACUGCGAUUACACUACCAACAAGAAAACUAGUUUACACAACCAUCUGGAAACCCACAUGCUCAUGAAUAAAGUAGAGAAGACCUAUGAAUGUGAUGAGUGUGGCAAGAGGUUUACUCACCCAGCAGCUCUGGUUUCCCAUAAAUUGGUUCACCAGGAAAAGGGAGCCACAAAGAUGCACAAGUGCAAAUUUUGUGAUUAUGAGACUGCAGAGCAAGGGCUCCUGAACCGCCACCUCUUGGCUGUGCACAGUAAGAAUUUCCCUCACAUAUGUGUGGAGUGUGGAAAGGGUUUUCGCCAUCCGUCAGAACUGAGGAAACACAUGCGAACCCACACUGGGGAGAAACCCUACCAGUGCCAGUACUGUGACUAUAAGUCAGCAGAUGCCUCCAACCUCAAAACCCACAUGAAGACAAAGCACAGCAAAGAUCUGCCAUUCAAGUGUGAGAACUGUUUGAUGACAUUCACGGAUGCCAAAGAACUGCAGAAGCAUGCGGCCAUUCAUCAGGGACACAAAACCCACCCGUGUACACAUUGCGAUCACAGAAGUUCCAACUCCAGUGAUCUGAAGCGCCAUAUUAUUUCAGUCCACACUAAGGACUAUCCUCACAAGUGCGAGGUAUGUGACAAGGGUUUUCAUCGACCCUCGGAGCUCAAGAAACACAUGUCAACUCACAAGGGUAAAAAACUGCACCAGUGUCGGCACUGUGACUUUAAAAUUGCAGAUCCAUUUGUUCUUAGCCGACAUAUUCUUUCAGUCCACACCAAGGAUCUACCGUUCAGAUGUAAACGUUGCAAAAAAGGCUUUCGUCAACAGGUUGAGCUCAAGAAGCAUAUGAAGACCCACAGUGGCAAAAAAGUUUAUCAGUGUGAGUACUGCGAGUAUAGCACUACCGAUGCAUCAGGCUUUAAGCGACACGUUAUUUCCAUUCACACAAAGGACUAUCCCCAUCGCUGCGAUUACUGCAAAAAGGGCUUCCGAAGGCCUUCAGAAAAGAACCAACAUAUUUCUCGACAUCACAAAGACGCUGUUUUGGUGGAAGGGUUGGCAUGAACUACUUUCAAUUUAAGUGCUUCUUUUACAUUCGUUGUACAAAAAAGGAAUAUUUGUGUCCUUUCAUUGUUAAUGACUUGGAAACUUAAAUUCAUGCUGAUUACUGAACUAACUAUUCUCUCCAUUGUAGUGUGUCAUGGAUUGGAGCUUCAGCUUAAUAUGUAAAGUUGUAUGUCCUCUGUCUUGGAAAUCCAUUAAAUGGACAUUUUUUUUGGCAACAUGGUGUCAACUCCUUUAGGAGAUGAAAGUAAUAGGCUAGUUGUAAUCAGUCAGCUGCAGUUCACGGUCCCCGCCAUUAUAAUUACCGGACCCAAGAUUAGCUAUUAUAUUCAAGAACAAUUUCGCUUCAUAUGAUUAUCGAUGGAAAACAUGGCAAUUUAUCAGUUUGUCUUAUUGCUCAGUUUUGUUGGCGUGCUACAGUUUAUGUGCUUGCUCGCUAACUGGCUGAACACAUUUUCAGCAUAUUCUUCUGUAUAUUGAAACUUCCUUUCGUUUGAGCUGUAGUUAUAUUUUCCAAUAUGCUUCUGAAGCUGCAAUGUAAUAUGGUAAUAGUGUGUUUUCCAUCUUUAUUUGAAUCUCAAUUUUUAUUACAAUUCCAUGUUUUAAAAAGGAAAAACCUUCAGUGAUAUGAUGUUGAGCCUCAAGGCCUCCGCCUUACUGCAUUUACUUGUAUUUCCAAGUGUGCAUCAUUCCUCUGUAUUGUAUGGUCUAGCAAUGCAUCGUGGUGGCAGAAUUAUCUCAGCUAAUUUACUUUUCCAGAAAUUGUGUAAAAAGAAUGACAUUAUUCAUGUUUUUACAAGUGUACACAUUUUUUCCCAAAAUUAUAUUUUGCCAAUGUCUGUAUCUUGUAUAAAUAAAACAAAUAGCACU